AUGGCUUCAAUGCCCCGGUACGAGGUUAAGGAUUCUGGUGGUCAAUUGGAUGUUGGAGGGUGGAUGGAGAGUACUGAAGCACUUGCAGUCCGGGGAUCUGCCUUUCGCGUUUCUGCACUCAUGGUAGAGGGCACGGACAAAGAGGAGUGCCUACUAUUGACUUAUUGGGAGUUGCUUCUGUGGCUUCGCAUUUGCAGAUCGUGGUGUUAUGCAUCGGAUGCUGACAUUGACCAAUUUCAGCUUGAACUCCUGCUCUUCCGAAAUGUCUGCCCGCGCAAGCUGCUGGAUUUAGUUCAGUGCCAAUGA